AUGGAGGAUCAUGAUGAUCAUCUUCUUGUGGUUCUUCAAACGUUGCAAAAUAAGAAGCUUUAUGCAAAGUUCUCUAAGUGCGAGUUGUGGUUAACUGAAGUGUCAUUUCUUGGACACGUGGUUUCUGCAGAGGGAAUUCUAGUAGAUCCUCAUAAAAGUUUUGAAUCAUUGAAGAAAGUUUUGACAAAAGCUCCGGUGUUGGUGCAACCAGAAUCGAAUAAGGAUUUCACGAUUUUUAGCGAUGUUUCCCAUAAUGGUUUGGGAUGUGUUUUAAUGCAAGGUGGAAAGCUAGUUUAUUAUUCUUCAAGACAACUUAAGCCUUAUGAGAAGAACAAUCUCAUGCGUGAUUUAGAGUUGGCAACGAUGGAGCUAAAUUUGAGGCAAAAAAGAUCAAUUAAGUUACUCAAGGACUAUGAUGCAGUUAUAGAUUACUACUCUGGAAGAGCAAAUGUAGUAGUUGAUGCUCUUAGUCGAAAGACUUUUGCCGCUUUGCGGAGAUUGGAUGCCUGA